AUGCAAAUGCAGCUCAGGAAAAGGAAAAGGGUCGAUUAUACGGGCAAAAAUUCAGCGUCCGAUCCGUCCGUUACUACAAUCAUACCCACUAUAGUCGUCCCUAAGAAACGCAAAUUGAAUAAGCCGGGGAUGAUUGCGCCAGUCAUUCAAAGCACCACCGCGACACUGAGCAGCUCGAAUAUCAUAAUACCGAGACCUUUGCAGCGCCCCAGCUUCCGCAAUAGCGCCGAAUCACCCACACACGAUGAUGGCCUUGAAGUAAUUCCUGUGUUGGAAAUUCAGAAGAGUCUUUCAAGUUUGAUUAAAAGACAGGAAAGCUUGUUUUAUAAGGAUUUGAAAAGGCCGACUCUAGUGGGUUUGAAAAAUUUCGAAAUGCUGAGGCUACCUAACGACUUGCAACUUUUACAAAACAUCGUAAACCUGCUGCAGUCGUUCGACCAACUAAAGAGCAGCAACCUGAAGCCAAGGCCGGCUGGCGUUACUGGUUCGAAGGCAUUCUCUCAAGCGCACUCGAAUAACCUGAAAAAAUUAAUCGUCGAGAAAAAACAUCUCUUUAGCCACCCCAAUCGCAGCAGUACCGCCCACCAAAAUGACGUUCUCAUUCACGAAAUAGCGAACCUGCAUUCCAUAAACCUCAUAGACCUGCUGAACCUGGAAAUGUACAACAGCACCAGCCACGCGAAUAACACCGGAUCGCAAACUACAGCGAAUUCCAUGACGGUUAACAGUAUUGUGAAAAAACUCGACAAGCCAAUCUUGAAGGAGAGAAACAACGGUUUGAUGUGGCCUCACAAAAGUAGAUUCAAAGCGAAAAAAAACCAAUCUUCGCAAAACGACUCAUCAUUGAUCAAUAAUACUAACAUCACUUUAUACAACGAUAUAUAG